AUGACGUAUUUAACUCACGCACAACCUAUAGAAUCCAAUGAAUUUAUUCCAAUUAAUGAAAAUAACGAUGAUAAUUUGAUUAAUCAAAGUAUUUCUAAUGAAGGGGUGAAUAGCGAUAGUGAAGAAAACUUUGAAGAACCAUUUGGAUAUGAAGCUUUAUCACAAGAUGAUGAUGACAUUCAAGAGAACUAUGAAGUUUAUGAUUCUUCUCAACAGGAAGAUAAUUUACAACCAAAAAUAUUACAAAUUCAUACAACUGAACAAGAAAAAAUUCCCGAAGAUGAUUUAGCUGUAAUUAAUUCAAUUAUGAAAAAUAUUAAAUUGCCUGAAUCUGCUAUACCUG